AAAAUUAUCGUAAAGUUCUUACAGAUUGUGCAAAAGCUAUUAAAUUAAAACCUCAAAAUAUCAAGGCAUUUUAUCAUUCUGCAAAAGCUUUAUAUGUACUUGAUAAAAUUGAUCAAGCUUUAGAUUGUUGUGAACAUGGAAUUGAAGAGAUAUUGAAUCAAAAGGCUAAAAUUGAAGAAGAGCAUGAACGAAAGGAACGAGAAAAAAAAGAGGCAUUAGAGAAAGUUAUAAAGGAAUCAGAUUUUAUUGAAGCAUUUAAUGAAGGAAAUACAUUUUUAGAACAUCUUGAAGUGAUUUUUGAACAACCAGCACCUUGGAACAUUGAACGAUUGUCAUAUCCAAAAUAUGUUGUAAAAAAUGAUAUUCCUAGUUUUAUCAUUUUACAACAAGAAAAAUUUCAAGAGGAAUUUUUAGCAAAAUAUAAGAAAGUUAAUGAAUAA